AUGGAAGAAGUGAGCAAUCCACAACAGCUGUUAGCAUUGUCCCUCGGUGAUGAAGUUGAUCUGUUCCACGUGAAAAUAUCUGGUCAGCAGAUACUCUUGGUGCGGCAUCGACGAACGCUGCACUGUUUUCGCUUAGAAUCAGGGCCGAACGAUCCAUGGAGACUACAAUGGUCUCGAGAGAGUUUUUUCGAUGGAACCUCGGUGCGAGACUUGCGCCACAGUCUGCUCGUCACUGAUUCUGGUUGGUUGUUGCUGAGAAAUCGGAAUGGGUUGCAGUUCUAUCGUCUGGAGGGCAAGGAGCUAACACCACAGGUUUACGCAACCGCUGCAUGGUACCACUCAAUGUACGGGUGGAACGAACCUGGAACUGUCUUUCUGAUGGGCCAUUUUUACACCGAUCGUGAACGCAUCGGGGUGCUAAGCCGGAAUAAACGAGGCAGUGUGCGCUUGGAGCAGAUGGUUGAAAGUGCCGUUUUGGCUGGCAGCACCCAACCUUUGUGGCAGUUAAGUGGUACUGCGGAGGUCCCGGACACCUGGAAGCAGAAAACAACUCACCUACAGUUGGCCCUAGUAGACGGUAGCAACCAAUCAGCUAUCAUUGAACGGACUACUCCAGCAAAAUUAACCAUUCACAAGUUUACUGAGAAUAAUCAACUGCAAACCAUCGCGCACUUCGAUGAUGUACCGUUUACCUACGCCGAUAAGGAGUGCAUUGUUUUCGGUCACUUCGUCGGAGAUACGGAGAAGGACUUACUACACUUCGGCAACUCAGGAUUGACACUGUACGAACGGACUGGAAAUACUUUUCGGACUGCACUUCAGGAUUCAUCGUUUGGCAUUUCAGCAUUCGGAUGGACGGAACAACAUUGGCGCACAAUUAAUUUGAUAGACGAUGAUGGAGAUGCCAAAGAUCAACUGUGGUUGUCCGGUCCGCAGGGUAUAGCGGGGUAUCGUGUAUCAACUGCAGGGGCCGAGAGGAUUUCUUCUGACUACGAAUUCCCUGAUGAUGCACGAUUCGCUCGCAAAGUUGCUAUAAUUCCCGGUGAAGCACAGCCCAUAGUCGUGGCCGUUGCAGGCAGGGCAUUAAUGUCCUUUGGAUUGCCUUCGCCGAGAUCGGCGAAUGUGGCGAACGUUCCUGAAAUCGGUAGAAACGAAAGCAUCAAUGAUGAAGUAUCACCGGACAGUAGUGAACCCAUUUUUAGCAACAACCCCCGUGGUGGCCCAGUCAUGGAAGGGUCUCUGGCGGAGCAGUUGGACACGAGUAUGUUGGUCGAGCCAAUCAAUCCAUUUGAGGGUAACCUUAACUUUGGCCUGCCAUUGCUACUCGUUGGUAAGCUGUUAAGUAUUAUCACCACGAAGCACAUUUUCUACCGGGAAACGGACAGCGUAGGAACAAUGGGUCGAGGGUGGUCCGUAGGAAUAGAUUGUAUAUUUGUCGAUCGUCGUGAUAGCAUCUUCGAAGAAGAUCAUCGUUACUAUCUGUCGAAAGAUGGAUCAACAACACUGCUCACGCCGACGGAGGGAACGUCCUUUCAACUCGAAGACAACAAUCGCACCAUGGUUUCGCACGAUCGCGCUGGUAAUAAAUGGGUGAUCGUGUACGACGAUGGGCAAGUGUAUACGUACGGUACCGAUGCGUCUAUAAAAUGGGACAUUGGAUCCGAAGACUGGCCUUUCGUGCUCGAUGAACGAAAGUAUGGUGAUCGCAAGGAUCAAAUGAUUCCAUCUACGUGGUAUCUGAUCCAUCAUAGCGACCGAGAAGGCGACCAGUGGAUGCACUACACCUAUCGAGAACAAUCUGGUAGUCGUGACCUGCUACUGAACACGAUCACCACCAGCGGUGGAUCAUCGCUCCAGAUGUCGUAUUCGCCACAGUUCGGAGAGACGCUUUUCACUAGUUUCACAAUCAAUACACCCAACUACAGCCAAACGGUGUCGCUAGAGUAUGUUGAAGUAGAAGGACAAGUUAGCCUGCGAAGAAUCACUCAAGCGGGUAAAACCGUGCUACAGUUUACAUACGGCGGUCCCGGAGGUACGAUGAACGAAAUCGUUUAUUCGAAUGGGUUGAUGGCAAGGCUCGACUACACUCAGCUUCAAAUCGAUCCGGACAUUCUGAUGAACCGAUUUGAGACGUUUUCUCAACCACGCGCAGAGUACGGUCCGAGCUAUCUGCUAAUCUGCGAUGUAACAGCACAUGGACAGGUUCGUGUUCGUAUGCGAGAUUUCCUCGGUUCCGAUACCAUACCGGUCGCGGGCUCACCAAUCCCUGUGCUCGGGAAACGACCUGUCAUCCAAUACGAGGUAUUCACAGGUGAAACCUACUUUGCCGUCUUACUAUACCACGGCUCAGAAAUGAAGCAGGAGUUGUGUUUGUUCAGUAGCGAGCAAAACGUUUGGCAGGCCGAUCCCAGCUAUAUCAACCUACCCCAUGAUACUGCCAUACGAUCGGGACAAGAUUUUCUGCUCGCCAUUCAGUCGCAGCGUGUUACGGUUAUCGAACGAUCGAAUGGAAAGUGGAAAGCCCACAAGCCAUUCGCUCACGAGAAGUCUGCCCUGUUGUUUUACUUUUCGCACGGUUUCUUAACAUAUAACGACCAGCUGUUGAAGAUCCACACCCGGGGGAACGGUCAGUGGGUGCCGGUGGACUUAGAGCUUGCUUCCGAUUUGAUCAAGACCAGUUCGGCCGUCUUUGAUCGUUUCCAGCACCCUCAACCAGUACUUGAUAAUCUGAAAGCAGGGAUCCUGCCAGAUGCUUUAAGCAUGUACCACAAUGUCGUCGUGUUUCGGUCGCUCUCCCUGGAAGACACCCGGUUAUACUGUCGGCUUCAUUUGUUGCAUCUGAAUCGUAACCAUCGGGUGGCACGGCGUGAAGUGAUCCAGCUUCUCAUCGAAGACCUUUCCUCGUACACUUUCAACCCGCCGGACAUUGAAGGCAAUGUGUUCCAGUUCGGAUACCGCUUGGAAGGCAACAAAUUUCGCCUGAAGGUGCUCGAACACACCGGAAAAAUAAUCGAAGAGAUCGACAAAAUUAAACAACAAAUUGAGGAGGACAUACGCGACCAACCGAAUGCGCCCGAAAGAGAAAAGGAACGCUAUCGUCAGGAGUCGCACGCCAAAUUGGCCGAGGAGUUGGCAGAGCUACACCGGAACGUGACUGCCCAGGUUCCGUUUGCGAUUGAUCCAGGAAAAUUCGGCGUAAUCAUCAACGCAGGCUACAUCAUAACGGCCAGCCACAAGGUACGCUUCGAUGGGGUGGCUUGGAACGAGGAGAGAAUCCCGCAAUCAGAGAUCACUCUCGAUCGGGUGUCGGUCGAGCUUGGCACAAAGUGUCGCCUAAUGAGAGCGCAUCAAAAUGCCACGUUCGAUUUAGUAGGCCCCGAUGGGUCGGUUGUAUUCAACACCGAAACACGCGACGCCAAUGAGCUGCAGAUCAGGUAUCCUGCGUAUUUGGCCAUCCAUAGAAAUGGUUCCGUCGUGCAGCUCUACGAUUUCGAUCGCGCUAAACAAACGAACUUGCCGGCAGAUGAAACGUUAAGUGUUAACAGUAAUCAGCUUGCUGUCAUCAGUACUACGGGGGACGGAAAGGCCCUACUAGUGCGAUCGAUGAAAGCAUUUCGGGUAACACUGCAGAAUGUAGUCUACUGUCACACGUUGACUGACAGCCAAAGGGGGCACCGGAAGUUGUCCUACUUCUACGACUUCGAUCCACGCACCGCCAAACCGUACGGGGCAGGCUUUUUGAUGACGGACGUGCAGAUAACUCCAGGUAGUAGAAGUGCGCCGUACGGCUGGUUCCAGGAGCAGUAUGACGCUGCGAACAGCACCCGCAGUACCAAAUCAGUGUUCAGCUCCGAUGGAAAGUUUGUCAAAGUAAUGGCGCAAUCAACGUCGUCUGAUGAGCAACAUAAGCCACUCGAUCUUGACGGUAUUCUUACCGGGCGUGAUGGACGAACCGUCAUUGCCGACCUACGUCCCUACAAGCUCUCGCAGAACGUUGUAGCCUACUACGGGUUUGAACCGUACGAAAGAAACUCGAAUGGUACUUUACCAGCUAGCAAACGAUGGAUCUGGAGCCAAGGGGCGGUGCGUGAAGAAGAUGGCAAUCAUUUCCUACAUCUCGGUCAUAGCUCGACGCUCAGUGGCGUCUUUCAUCCGACAAACCCAGUCGGCACGUUGAUCGUAUCCUGCUGGUUGCGUUCGGUAAACGCGUCGAAUGCAAUCGGCAGUGCAGUAUCGGUUCAUCAGAACAGUAAGACCCUUAACGGAGAGGUUCGGUUUGCGAUGGAUGGGUGGAACUUCGUAGAAGCAUUCGUCGAGAGCACGGCACGGUUCGAGAUUACAGUAUCAACCGAUAGCGAUUCCGUGCUGGAUGUGGAUCACCUGAGAGUUACUCCAGCUCACCUGAAUACGGAGGUAUACAUUUACGACCAUCUACUGGCGGUUAAACGAUCGACGCUGCUGAGCUCGGGGCUACUGGCACACCAUUUACACGAUGCUUUUGGCAACGAAGUUGGCCGCAUCACUGAAAAGGGUAUGGUUGACAGUCUUACGCUUCGGUCACGAGUGCACAAUAGCCGCGUUGAGUUCAAAUCAGCUACUGGGGAGCUUCUGAGGACUACGCGUUCCAACUCUUAUUCCGGAUCGUUAAAGUACAUACCGCAGACAUUAGUUCUAAGAUUUCGAUACGCUGCAGUAGAAUCAGGCGCUGUAACGGUGAAAUUUGAUGCCAGAAGCUUCACGUUAGCACUUUCGAAGGGCUCUGAAUCGUUGCGCGAACGCGAUCACAGUGUGCGGACUCCUGGGGAAGGCGAACUAGCAAUCUUCUGCACCCGGAAUCGCUACAGCGUUUGGGUUGACGGGGAGCUCAAAAUGGAGAAUCUUGCCGAGGAGAUUCAAUUCAAGCAAUACCAGAUACAGAGUGCGAAAGCGAACGUUUGGGAAGCGAUCAUGCUGUAUGAUGUGGGGGUUAGUGUGAUCUAUAGCACCGGUUUCGGACUGCCCAAGCAGAUGGUGGAACUUAAAAGUCCCGCGUCGGUAGUGAUUCAAGAGAUCCUAUAUGACGAGCUCAACCGUCCGGCUAUCAAGACAAAAUGGACCGAGAUCGAUGCAUCGAGCAUGCCCGAGCUUUUCGGUUAUCGGCACGACUUCGUGCGAAAUGAAACCGAGUUUUGGAAGACGGAACGGUUGCAAGGAUUGGUUGCGGAGCUGAAUGUGGAUUGUGAAGGAUACGCUUACAGCCGGACCGUGUACGGGGACAGCCCUCUGGACGACAGCAAGACGAUACAGUCGUUCCCCGGAAAGCAGUUUUCUACACGCGGUGCAUUUGCCAAGCACUUUGAUAGGCCAACACGGAUAGACUUUUUAGAAAAUCUUUUCCCUCCCGGGAAAGGGUUUCGGUAUGAGUACGAACGGUACCCAGAUCAGGCCGUCGCUGUUACGGUGAGUUCACAAGAUCGGAAGGUGGCGUAUUACGUUCGGACACAUCACGGCGAUCAUCGACUCACUACGUACCAGUACGAUUCCGACGGCCGAUUGGUUCUGCAGCUACCACCUUCGUACCACGAGGAGGCGGACACAUACUCAAUGACGAGCCCUUUCUUGGAAGGGACGUUUUCUGCCGAACAGCUGCAACUUCAACAUGCUUGGGGUACCCGCUAUGAGUUUGAUCGAACCAGUGGUUUGGUUAGCUCCAAACGAACUCCCGAUGCUGGCACGGUACGGUAUCUGUAUACCCCGGAAGGUUUACUACGAUUUGUAGUGCGCCAGGAGCAACGUACAGCAAUGUACUUCACGUACUCACCCGUCGGUGAGCUUACGCUGAAAGGAGUGAUCGAACUAGGACUGGCGGAUCUCAACAAUCUGCUUCCCAACGACUCAGAUCUACCUGUAUCAUCGAAUGUCGUGCUAUUUGACCACAAUCCUACCGAUCUUGCGCCACAGCAUCGGCAUCGGGUGCAAAGCAGCAGAAAAGUGACCAACGAGCACACGCUGUCCGAGUUGUUGCUAUUCGAUCACCGCGAAAACUUGAUCGCGAGCACUCUCUACUCGACCACUAACUCUAGCCAUUCGGUACCGAUUGCGUACAAGUAUCGCCAAAAUCUGGUCCACGAACUGCAUUACCCCAUCAGCGUUCGUGGUAAGAGCUUUCGCCUUCGCUACGACUACGAUGCUCGUGGAAAAGUUGUUGGUCUGGUAAAUGUGGCCAGCGGUGAAAAAUACGUUGUGAUCGAAAACAAUAGCCUGGGGCUCCCCAAAAUGAUGACACUUCAACCGGGGUCGGCGCAUGCAUACUCUCGCAAGUUUACGUACAAUCAGCCCGACUACUUAACGCAGAUAAUGGAUCCUUAUCUGACUGAAUCGAUUGACUACACUGGCCACGGUUACGGUGGGCUACCAAUAGGAGAUGGUACGGUGCAGACAAUGCGCUUUAAUGCCACCUGGCACGCCAACAGUGAAUCCCGACUACUGGCGCUUAAAGCAACCCACUUCGGAUCCAGCCCAAGGGCGAAGCUAUGUUUCGGGGCACUGAAAUCUUCCGGACUGAUAGAUACGAGUGGCAGACCGACGCGAAGUCUCUAUCCAGCACUUGAACUAAACUUACCCUCCGUGUGCCGCCUUGGGGCUUACGGACAUCGUGUGGCGUCUCUGCUAAAUGGACGAGGAUUCCCACAAAUCUACGGACACAUGUACGAUUACGGCAACCAUCGGCAGUUGAUAAGAGCGAAAUAUUUCCAGAACCAGGAUGAGGCUCAGCUAGAACCACUCCGUAGCGCUUCGUUGGCGAAAGUUAGCGGUUUGAACGCAACGACAGCAGCGGUCGUUUGGAACCGUCUCGUUGAAGCCGGUUUCGUACACCGCGAUUGUCGCUCAAUCCGUGAAGUCGAUUGCCACGGUUUGCCAGGAAAGUCCCUCUUGCAUCCGGUCAUCCGGCAGCAUCCUAAUGGGGCUGCGUUGGGAGCUUUGCUACUUCGUAUGAUGGCAACACGCAAAAGGCUGACGGAAAGCGUCUUCCAACAACUGUGUAUUAAUUGGUACCGCGAUGGGGUGGUGGACCCAGACGCCUUGGCCUGUAACUCUCUGUGGAGUACACUGUUGAACAAUGGAUUUGUUGGCACGGACACCAACGGUUUAGAAGCAAUCAGUCCGGAACUGAGGACACUGCUGAAGGACUAUAUCCCGCAACUGCCAGACAUUGUUGAAGUUCUGUAUCGGCAGCUAUAUGGCACCUCGUUGGGUCUUAAUUCGGGCGACGUACAAUCGUACGGAAUCGAUGGCAACGGCAACCAUCGACACUUUUACACCGGGUUCCGACGAUACCGGCUCGAAUACGUGGAGCGAACGAACAAGAUUGCCGCCGUCUACCGGACGGAUCUUGCUUCCGACGACCUGCUAGAGGUUCGAUUUCCAAUGGACCACAACGAAGAUGGCAGCGUUACGCGCGCCUUGCACAAAGGUAUCGAACGUAUCGUCUACGAUACGCUGUUGAAUCGAGCGACAGAAAUCACCCUUACCGACGGGCGCCGGGUCGUCUUUGACUACAAUGUACGAGGCCAGCGGCUUUCAAAGCGCUGCUACGACCAGAGUGGAAAACUGUUACGAAAAAAGCACUACGUCCGCGAUGUGCAGGGUAAGCCACUAAUCGAGUACGAAGCUCGGUACGGCGGCGACAAUUCACCGGGCAACGGGGAAGUACGGGCAACGAUCUUCCUGUACGCUGACGAUCGACUGGUUGGAUUUCUGCGAGACGAUCAGUUCUACAGUGUGGCGCUCGAUCACGAAGGAUCGGUUAGGUUAGUGGUGCGAAAUGGUGAGAUUGUGGCGGCUUACGACUAUCUGAGUUACGGGGAGUUGUUGCGAAGCUACGGAGAAGAUCCCAACGGGCAGCUGGACUAUCGUUACACGGGAAAAGAGUGGGACGAGGAGACGCGUCUGUACGACUUCCAUGCACGACUCUACGAUCCAGAACUGGGUCGCUUUUUUCAGAUGGAUCCCAAGGAGCAGUACGCCAGCCCGUACGUGUACGCCGGAAACUCCCCCAUAUCGCUCGUUGACCCCGAUGGACAAUUUGCCUUCAUCGUGGCCGUUAUCGCCUUUGCUGCCGUCGGAGCGUACCUUGGGGCAGCCGCAGCCAACAACUCUUGGAACCCCGCCAAAUGGAACUUCAAACGAGCUCUCUUGGGUGGAUUGAUCGGAGGCCUGGUAGGUGGUUUCGCUCCCGCAGGCUUUGCCGGGUCUUUCGCCGUACUGUCCGGAGCGAUCGGCACGGUUGGCGCCACGGCUGUGAUGACCGUGACAACCGCGGGAUUCGGUUAUCUGAGUAUAGCGUCGGCCAAUGGCAGCUGGGAUCCACGAAAGUGGGAUUGGUCCCAACCGGGGACAUGGAACGCACUCUUCACGGGAAGCAUUUCCGGUGGUGGACUGUUCAAUGCAGUUGGCAAGAUUCACAGCAUCUUCCAAUCGGCAACCGUACUGAACCGGGUAGGUCUCACGGUCCUCACCACCGGCGUCACCGGCGGUUUUCUUGUGUACGGAGGAAGCCAGGCCAACAAUGGAAGCCUGGUGUUUUGGCAGUGGGACUGGAGUAAGCCAGGUACCGUGUGGGGAGCUGUUGAAGGGUCAAGUUUCGGGUUGACCCUAACGCCGCACCUGGUUACUACUGUGCCAGAAAUUGUGAAGCGUAUCGAGAAACUAAAGGCGAUCGGAAAAACCCUAAAAGAAUCCACUACCGGGGCUAAUUUGGCGGCGAUAAGUACCACGGUGAAAGAGGAGCUGCAAGCAUGGCGCAAGAUUUACUCUGACAUCAAGGGGAGAGACAUAGUUCGGUUCGGACUAUCGAAGGAUCUGUACAAAAAAGCUCAAUCUCGCGCUCAAAUGCACCUGACGAAUCCCAAAGAGGCCAUGGCAUUGAUCGACAACGUCCUCGCAGUCGAAGAACUGAUUGGUGGACUGCUAAAGAAGAACCGACGUAGUAUAUCGUUUUCUGGCUCUACAAUGUUUCCUUUAGCCCUUUCCAACACUACCGGCACCAACGUACAACAUUUCAGAGAAGAGUCUGCGGAACGUAAGAAAUCGUUUGUAAUUCCGAACUGUUUCAUCCGAACGAGCGAUACCUUGGAUAGGAUAGUAUGUUACGAGCAUCCUGGAGUGUCGUUCAUUUUCCCGCACCAACACACCGAACCAACCAUGGCCGAGGACAGCUAUUCCUGGUGCUACCCCGUUGAGUACGAAGGACAUCCAUCGGUCGCGUGUUCGGGAUCAACUAGCUCGUACAUUUUCACGCCACGUGGGCACGUUAACUAUCUUGAUCAUGUGAACGUGACCCUGACAUUGCUGCUCGUGCUUCCAGCCAUCGCACGCAGUGUAGUAUCGUUCGUUGGAGCAAUGCUCCCGGGCAAGGCGCCCUGCACAAACAGCCCUGAAAUAGUCUCCGUGGACGAGCAAACGAACCUCAAAAGCCAACUGCAACGGCUGCACAGGGCGAUUGAUGGGCACGUAAAGCUGCUAGGUAAUUCUGUCGAGUGUAGGUGGAUCAAAAGCAUAGCCGAAGACAUCGAGGACGACGUUCGCGCUUUUGCUGGCCGUGUCGGGCCAUCCCGUGUGGCGUACCAAGAGUUGAUAGAUCGCAUACGGGCGCUAGAAGAAGAGCUGCUGGAAACGCAGGAUAUCGUACAGGGCCCGAUUCACAACGAUCAUCCUUUGCGAACUGAACCAUUUAGGUAUGAACCGCUACCGGACGGGGCUAGAUGGGGACCGGAAACCUGCAGCUCCGAGCUUACGUUGGAGGAGGAGUGCCAGGGUUCCACCACCAUCCACUACUAA